AUGCGGGCCACCGGUCUGCCAAUCCGCGGCCGUUUCCAGCCGGCUCGCGCUGUGUCUGUGAUGCCCGCCAGGGACGCGCCCACGCUUGGAGAGUCGGCCAUCCGCCAUGCGCAGGCCCUGCAGAAAAAGCUUUUCAUUGAUGGGGAGUGGCACGACGCCGUGUCGGGCAAGACGCUGCCCGUCGAGGACCCCCGCACUGGGGAGGAGAUCCUCCGUGUCGCAGAGGGCGACAAGGCCGACGUGGACAAGGCCGUCAUCGCCGCCCGCAGGGCCUUCGACGAGGGGCCCUGGCCGCGCAUGUCUGCCAAGGAGCGCGGUAGGCUCAUGUUCAAGUUGGCUGACCUCAUGGAGCGCGACGCAGAGGAGCUGGCGCAGCUGGAGACGCUGGACAACGGCAAGCCGAUCUGGUACAGCCGCAAUGCGGACAUCCCCCUGAGCUACGACCACAUCCGCUACUAUGCAGGGUGGGCUGACAAGAUCCAGGGCAAGACCAUCCCCGUGGACGGGCCAUACUGGGCCUACACCUUCCAUGAGCCGCUGGGGGUUGUGGGGCAGAUCGUGCCAUGGAACUUUCCCCUGCUGAUGGCGGCCUGGAAGCUCGGCCCCGCCCUGGCGGCGGGCAACACCGUCGUCCUGAAGACCGCGGAGCAGACGCCCCUCACAGCCAUCAAGAUCGGCGAGCUCAUCGCGGAGGCCGGCUUCCCCAACGGGGUCGUCAACAUCAUAUCGGGCCACGGCCCCACUGCGGGCUCCGCCUUGGUGGAGCAUCCCGGGAUCGCCUUCACCGGGAGCACCGAGGUCGGCCGCAAAAUUGGCGCCCAGACCGCACACGCGCUGAAGCCCUGCACCCUGGAGCUCGGCGGCAAGUCCCCCGUGAUCGUGUGCCCCGAUGUGGACGUGGAGCAGGCCGUCAAGGACGCGUCCUUCGCGCUCUUCUUCAACCACGGCCAGUGCUGCGCCGCGGGCUCCAGGCGCGCGACUCUGCUGCGGGCCGCGUUUGGGCCGGGGCCGCGGCAUGGGAGCCCCUGGGCCGCGGGGCCAACGGCCCCAUACAUGGGGCUGUACGUCCAUGAGGCGAUCUAUGAUGAGUUUGUGGACAAGGCUGCCAAGGCCGCCGCCGGCCGCCGCGUUGGCGACCCCUUUGGCGACGUCGACCAGGGGCCCCAGGUUGACCGUGACCAGUACAACAAGAUCCUGGAGUACAUCGACCACGGGAAGUCCCAGGGCGCGCGCCUCCUCACCGGCGGCAGCGCCAAGGGCGACAGGGGCUACUUCAUCGAGCCCACCGUGUUUGCCGACGUGAGGGAUGACAUGCUCAUCAGCCGCGACGAGAUCUUCGGGCCGGUGCAGUGCAUCUCCAAGUUCAGCACCCUGGAGGAGGUGAUCCGCCGCGCCAACGACACGCCCUAUGGCCUGGCCUCCGGCGUCUUCUCCACCAACGUGGACUCCAUCAACACCCUCACGCGCGGCAUUAAGGCCGGCACUGUCUGGGUCAACUGCUACAACGUGUACGACUCUGCCGUGCCCUUCGGCGGCUACAAGGACUCUGGCAUGGGCCGCGAGAAGGGGGAGUAUGCCCUCACCAACUACACCCAGAUCAAGGCGGUGUACCAGCCCCUGGUCAACCCCGCCUGGCGCUGA